AUGGGUGUGCUUUGGACCCUGGACACGCUAGCCGAGGCUGAGGUCAUCGAGCUUCGCGACGAUCGUGAACUCAUCGUCUCAGUCUUUGAACAUUCAUCCUCCAUACCCCCAACCUACAAUUCGCCCACAAUGAGGAUAUAUUCGCGAUUGCUGGCCACCGCAACAGAUGCAGGUGCGGCCAAGGGCCCUUUCCGACCCGCCCCAGCAGCAUUACUGCCGCCAAUUCCACUAUACAGGACGUUACUGCGGACACAUCGAAAGGUGCUGCCUGUGGAACAGCGCUUACUUGGCGAUAUGUAUGUCAAGGCAGAGUUCAGGGCACACAAAGACAUCGACAACCCAGUUCAGAUCAUUGGAUUUCUUUCAGAGUGGCAAAUGUACGCACAAGCGUUACAAGGUGACACCUGGAGAGGAGAAAAGAUGGACAAAGCCAAGAUAGACAAGAUGAGCGAUCAACAGCUCGGUCAGCUGUAUGAAUUGAUGCAAACGAUUCAAAAGCAGAACAACGAAGACGCCGAGGUCGAGGAACCAGACACCGUGGUACCACUGGAUGGGCCGAAGAAGCCUGAACAGUGA